UGGGUUGGCCCCGAGCUUUCCUUUUCCGGUGGCGGCCACGCGCGGUGAGGAGCUCGUGUCCGUACUUGUAGCUAUGCCUUCCAAGGGUCCGCUGCAGUCCGUGCAGGUCUUCGGACGCAAGAAGACAGCCACAGCCGUGGCGCACUGCAAACGAGGAAACGGGCUCAUCAAGGUGAAUGGACGCCCUCUGGAGAUGAUCGAGCCGCGCACGCUGCAGUACAAGUUACUGGAGCCUGUUUUGCUUCUGGGUAAGGAGCGAUUUGCUGGUGUGGAUAUCCGGGUCCGUGUGAAGGGUGGUGGUCACGUCGCCCAAAUUUAUGGUGAGUCAGGAUCUGGGUCUGUGAGUGUAAGACAGCUCCUGGAGCAAGACUGGGUUUUCACAAAGCUUUCUGGUCAUUGUGUUUUGCAGCUAUCCGACAGUCCAUCUCAAAAGCUCUGGUGGCUUAUUACCAAAAAUAUGUGGAUGAAGCCUCUAAAAAGGAGAUCAAAGAUAUCCUCAUCCAGUACGAUCGGACCCUGCUUGUAGCUGACCCUCGUCGCUGCGAAUCCAAAAAGUUUGGAGGUCCUGGUGCCCGUGCCCGAUACCAGAAAUCCUACCGAUAAGCCCAUCAGGAUCAGGGUUUAACUUUGUAAUAAACAUCCUAGGAUUUUAA